AAUAAAUAAAGUUUGAGAAAUAGAAAAUUACGCGCAAAAAAUUAAAAAUUUCAGCAUACUGCCAAACAACAUUAAACAGUUAAUCAACUUACGAAGUAUUGGAAUUAUUAUUUACGCCUGCGAUUAGAUAACUGAAUACGAAAAAAAUAACAACAACAACAACCAACGUCACAGAGAGAAAACGUAGUGUGCCAGCUGUUUAUCGGCUCGCUCUUCAGUCAAGUUCAGGCAGACACACGCACACUACACAUAAACCAGCUCGCUCUCACGCGGUCGUAUUGUACAGAUUGGACAUUUCUUUCAACGCAGUUGUUGAUUUUGUUCUCACUCUGGCGCGUGCGGGCGAAAAAGGUGAUUUUAAUUAUUGGACAAUGUUGAAGUUUUUGUUAACUUUUGGGGCCGGAGUUUACACAGGUGUCUACGUAUCGCAGAAUUACGAAGUGCCUCCCGUAGAUGAUCCCUCCAAGCUGGCUGAAAAAUUAAACAAAAAAUUCCGCGAACUUAUUGAGGGCAAAAAGUCGCCAGUAGAACAAAUAGCACAUGAUAUCAAAAAGGAGGCCAAAAAGAUUUUGGACGAUUGAGACGAUCAAGAUGAAAGACAACAUAUAUUUAAUGACGUUUUGUGUGUUAAACAA